AGUCUGUAAUCUUACGAAGCAGAUAUGGUUGUAUUGGUUUGCUUAAAAAUGUGAUAUUAUGUAUUUUUAUUAUAUAUUAGGCCUAUAUGUGAUUUUUUUUAUUGAAAUAUUUAUUUAUUUAUUUAUUUAUUUAUUUGUUUGUUUGUAGUUUUAUUUUUUUAUUUUUUUUAUUUGAGAAGAGUUCCUUAUCGGAUCAUAGGAUCAUAUAGUUCCUUAUCAUUAACUUGCUUUGUUGAUGGGAUGUGACGUAUGCGGGGUGGGCGGGGCUACACAAACGCUGCGGUUUUCUGUCAUCUGUAAAGUGUGAAUGAACUGAAGCGGAUCUGCAUCAGACAAACACGAGAGGCAGGCGUUCACACAGAUGAUCAGGCUGAGGAAAAGAGACUUCCUUAUGAGCAAGAUUGUUGUCAAGAUCAUUCAAAUACCUUCUGCUCUCGCUCGAUGACUGGGAUUAUCACAGUUUUCCUGUUCCUUGAACAGCAGUUUUAUGCAUGGAAGACAUGAAGAACCUUUCUAACUGACUCAUCAAUGUCAUGUGGAUAUUAUCUGCGCUGUGAACCCCACCAUGGAAGAAACAUUCGGUGGCGUGUCCUCAGUCGUGGAGUCUAGUCUCUACCACAAUGUCCAUUCCAUCCUCAGAGAACUGGACUGUGAACCUCAAGCUGGAUCAGCCUGCAAUAAAGGCAUGUUGAGAUGGACUCUGCAUAACAGGGUUGACAGAAAUCCAUCUAUCAGUGUCCCUCUGGUGAGGGUUCUGAUAAAAGAGCUUGAAAAGGCGGAGAGAAUUGAUUCUAAGGUCCGCAUCAUUCCUUUACUUCACACACUUUCCUACGCAGUCCUACAGUCUGUAUUUAUUCCAGAAGACCUCUAUCAAAGGAUGUACAUUUGCCUGAAAAGUUUAGUUACAUUACCUGUACCUUACUGUACGAUUGCACUCAACUAUGCAAGACAGAUGAAAAUGGAACAAAUUGCACCAGGAAUACUUUAUCAAAGGAGAGUUAUUGCUGAACACAGCCUACGUAAUGAUCUUUAUCCACUUCAUGAGAAGGUGUUUGUGUUCAUAGAUCCCGCUGUGUUUCCUCUGUCUCUGGUGAAUGCGCUCAAGGCUGACGUGGAGUGUGCGGACCCUGGUGGAGACUCACUGAUCUACAAACGCAGGGUUUUACUGCACACAGUGAUAGCUGGAUUAGGAAAGCAGUGCCGUGUUAACCAGCUCACACAUGCUCUAGAGCAUUUAGGUGAAGACCUGGAGCUGCACUUCCAGGAGGUUGUCACCAUCCUAGAGCAGAGAACAGAAGAUGGAGCUUCUGACGAUAACCAAUACAAAAUGAGAUUACAAAAGAUCUACCAAGCCAUCCUGACUGCUGCAAAAGAUCCAUCGUGUCCAGCCUCACAAGCGGAAACUCAGCUGCCCAGUCCAGAGGUCAGCUUCCAUGUCUGGACCAAAGAGGAUGAGAUAUGGAAUGAGCUGGUUAACUUUGCACUGAUGGUUCCUGCAGACCGAAACUCUGCUUAUCUGGACGAGGAUGACCUGAAGCGUGACUCUGUUAUGUCCACCAUGUCCACGGACAGUGGCAUCGAGGGAGACAUGCCCAUCAGUGAGUUCUCCGCUAUAAUGAUAGAUUCUCAGGGCUGCCCAGAGGACCAGAGCAGCUCUCAGUCCUUCUACAGGAGGCCGUGUGUGCGACUGCCCAAAGCUGGGAACAGAAUGACGCUCAUGAUGGAGGCCAUUAAGGGAAAUGGUGGAUACGUCCUCGCUAAAGAGGAAAGGAACCUCACGGCUCGUAUUGUUGUUAUGGGUGAUGACAGAACUCUAGGACGGCUAGCCAAGACUCUCUACACUAUUCGGAAAAGGGAGGCACGACAUCUGCUGCUGACAAAGAGAGUGAAUCUGGAGAUUUAUUACAUUCCAGUGACUGACCAGUCUCCGCCUUCCAUUCAGGAGGAUUUUCCUGAAGACAUGCUGACACUGGCAGGGUACUUGGGAAGCGUGGAUUUGUGGUAUGACUGUAACAUUGCCGGUUUGGGAGCCAUGAUUCUAAAACUGGCCCAAAUGCAGACAAGUCAGAGCGAAUCUUCAGACCCCAACACCUUCCUGCUAGAUAUUAUCUCGUACUACACACGUGUCAGCCAACAUCCGGUGCACCUUCCUAUCUACUCUGUCAAGAUCUGCUUCUCUGGCCUCAGCACCCACACAGUGGAGGAAGUGUUUGUGGCUCAGCUCGCGAUGGACUUCCCCGAGGUCAAACGCUACAGAGCCACAUUUAAAGACACAAUUAAAGGUUCAGUGCGUUACAAAAAAUACAACCUGCAAGAAUUUCAUGGUGCAGUCGUGUCAGUUAAUUAUAGAAAGGCCUCAAUAAGCGACAGAGAAGUUGAGAGGGGAAUGUCUUUGUCGACAGGUGGCAUGUUGAUCAGGGUCUCACCUUCCUGCAGAGUCAAAAGUUUACAUAGUGUCAGCGUAAGUUUCCAAGAUACGAUUCCCACAAGGCCCAGCACGCCUUCAUUCAGAGCUGUUAGUGUCAAUAUCAGAGUCCUGGAGGAGCGGACGUUCACGGUGUGUUUGGAUAAAGACUCACGUAAAACAUUCAAGAAUGUCCAGAGCAUUGAAGUUUCUCCAUGCUUGGACCCGGGAUACUGCCAUCAGCCGAGUACCAAGUCCAAGUACAGUUUUGGAGAGGGAGUUGAAUCACUGAACAAAUACCUGAACAAGACUCUCACUCUACCAAUCAACACCUUCUGUGGCAAUGAACAAUGACAUAAUGACUCAAAUUCAUGAUAUAGGUGCUUGAGUCAUGAUACAAACUAAAACCUUAUACCUCUCUGAGGCUUUUAUUGUUUGUACAUUUCCUCUUUUUGCCACUUCUCUGUUGUCUAAAAUACAUGUAACCUCAAGAGGCCAUGUCUUCCUGCUGAACUAUGAACCGACAUGCUGUGCAUAGACUGUGAAUGUGGGCUGGAGUUAUGCUGAAAUAGUGUCAACUUGAUUGCACAAUUUUUGCAAAACGUCCUGCAGUCUGCACAUUUCAAUGUCAUGUUUACACUACAAUAAUGUGUUUGUCUGUUACUUGGAUAUGUAAUUUAACACUUUGGAAGCACUUAGACUUUCAUUUAACACUUGCCAAUAAUUAGCAUAACAGAAAAAAACGCUUGGAAGAUUUUGUUGCAGGCAUUUUGGAUCAGAAUGGCAUGCUAGCUAACAUAUUUUUCUGCAGUAUGCAGUAUAUACACUGUGUGGAAACCUGUUACGUUUGCCGAAAUGUGCAGUAUAACCUCAAGAACAAUAUGUGGGAUAUUGUAUUUUUUCACAAUGCGCUCUAUUUUUAUUUACUGUGUGACAAAUUAACCUGAUAUCAACUGUGAUUUUUAAACAUUUUCAUCUUGACUCAUGUUUUGAUCACACCGUCAACAACUGUAAAGCAACAUAGAACUAAAGAAAACAAUAUUAUAAAACAGGCAACAUACAGAUUCAUAAUAUUUUACAAUAGUCUAUAUGUGCCGUUUACAUUUUUCACAGCAUUAAGUGGCUUCAAGAGCAAGUUCGUUACGUAAAUCCUUAUACAAAGAAAGGGUUUUGGACAUUGGGCAUUUGUGAAUAAAGUAGUGAUGUUAAUGGA